AUGAAGUAUUCCUUCGCUUCUAUUGCAUCUUUGGUCGCUGCCGUGGAGUGCCUUUCCUUGCCUCCUCUUAUUCCAACUAUCCCAGGAGUGACCGAACCUUUGACUACCAACGCUCCUCCUUUGCCUAUUUUGCAAGUUCCGACACCUCCACUGGAGAGUCCUCCUUUCACCCCGAGUGAUAUUCAGCCCAAGAAGAUUGGUUACUUUUGGACUGGAUCUGCCGACAAGUUCCAUAAGGAUUUCCUUGCCACCUACAGUCUGGAUGAUGAUACCUUCGGUACUCUCUUGUGGGUCACCGAUGUCCCAUCAAGCGGCAACGACCCCCACCAUCUCGGACCCUCUCUUGAUGGAAAGACCCUCUGGGGUGGUGGAUUGCUGUCUCUGUUAAAGACCCAGGACACUGGAUUCUACUUUGACACCUCUAACCCCUACCGCCCCAAGUUCCUGAAGAGCAACCGGGGUAUCCUGGCCUCGAUUGCAGACGAGGUCAGAGCCAAGCCUGAUGGAGGUUUCUUCAUCACCUACAUGGGUUCCGCAGUCGGUACCUCUCCCGGUCGUCUAAUUGAGACCGAUGCCGACUUCAACAUCAUCCAUGAAUGGCCCGAGGAUGUUGAGGGUACACUCAACAUUCUGGAACAGCAGUUCUCUCCUCAUGGUCUCAGUAUUGACUGGGAUAAGAAGCUCAUCUUGACUUCGGACUUCGUCGAGCCUGUCACUAUUUUGAAACCCACUCUUGGAGUGCGUCGUGCUGAUACACUGCGCUUGUGGGACCUGGAUAGCCGGAAGAUUCUCAGUACCCUUACUAUUCCUAACGGCGGCGGUAUCCAAGAUGUCAAGUUUAUCCCCGGACACCCCGAAUCUGCUGCUAUCGCUACUGCUGUCCACCUGGGCCAAAUUUGGGUUAUCUACCCUCUGCGCAAAGAUGCGAACGGCAACCAAGGUGUGAUCGAGGAGCUCUAUGACCUUGGACCCAAGGCUCGUGAUACUGUUGCUAUCUACUCCGACAUCAGCCAAGACGGCCGCUUCUUCUACGCCACCCUUACCACAGCAAACCACAUUGUCGCGCUGGACAUCAGCGACCUGAACAACAUCAAACGUCUCGAUAAUCCAGAUGAGGACCAACCCACAGUCGGACCUCACUAUGUCAAGGUCACGCCUGACCAGAAGCACUUGGUUGUCACUGAUUACUUUGUCCAAACUGGCGAGAUCGGUAUUAUCAACACUCCGGCUGACUUCAAGGCGCUCUAUAUCGAUCUGAACGAGGAUGGCAGUCUCUCUUUCAACCGAACUAUUGACUUCAGCAAGGAGUUUGAGAAUCGUGGGGGUGCGAAGCCUCACUCUAGCGUUAUCUUUGAUCUUACUGAUCCCGAGAACCCUCUUUACUACUAA